AUGACCUGUGUUGCUGUUUUGAUGACAGCGUUUGUGCUGAUGUUAACAUCGUCAUCAGUGAUCGACGGCAAGUACGUCGAGGGAGUGGUUGACACGAGCAAGGAUAUGGAAUUCCUGGAGCGCUUUGUGUUCGAACCGAAUGAACUUGGCCAACUGUGGUAUGAGUACAAGUAUCCCGCUGAGGAUUGUUGUUACCAAGUUCUGUUUUUCAACGAUGCUGAGUCGCAGUGGCCGUAUGUACGAGCCAACCAAGACAAACUCACUUGCGUUGAGAAGCUUGAGCAGAUUCCGUCAAAUUACAAUGCUGUGACAACUCUGAGUAGUCACAACUGUAAGAACAAGACGGAGGAUGGCCAGCAGAUGCUGGUCUGUACCGGGACUCGCCACUUUGUGGCACCCCGGGCCCGUUGGUGGUUUAUCAACAUUGCCAACUGCAAUGGAAUUAGUCCUAGACAAGGCAUCUACAUGCAAUACAAACUGAAUAUGACGAACGGAGACCGUCCCAUCGACAAACACUUCUCCGCAGAUGAGCGUUUCACUUUGCAGACCAGUAUCGCCUUUGCCAUUCUCUACUUCCUCAUGGCUUUGACAGGAGUUUAUUAUAGAUUCCAACUGGCCAAGCAGAGACUGUUGCACUCUACCUAUCAGCUCUUCUUUGCAUCUGUCUGCAUGCAGCUCAUUGCACUUAUAUUCAUCAUCAUCGCCUUAGCGAGCUUCGCUGGGGAUGGCAUUGAAAUGCCUGGACUGAAGACCACAGGACAUAUUGUGUCAUCUUUCGGUGAUGUACUCUUUGUUCUGAUGCUGAUGCUGGUGGGAAAGGGAUACACAAUCACCAGAGGACGUUUAAGCACCUCUGGCAGCAUCAAGCUGGCCAUCUUCACAUGCCUCUAUGCAGGAACGUUCAUCUUCCUUUAUGUCUACGCUCAGUCGAACUUUGACCCCCGGGAUGUCAUGUUUAUCUAUGACAGCCCGGCCGCCAUGGCUCUGAUUGUACUGCGCUGCAUCGGUGUGGUGUGGCUUUACUACUGUGUCUUCUUCACCAUCAAACAUUUCGCAUCAAAGUUCAAAUUCUACGUGCCGUUCAUGCUCUUCUUCGCCGUUUGGUUCGUUGCUGAACCCAUCAUGAUAGGCGUGGCCAAUGAGUUCAUACCCACACAUAAGAGGGCUAAGAUUGUUAACGGCAUCUACUGGUCGGCCGUAUUCCUUGGACACAUGAUCUUCUUGGUUCUAACACGUCCCGAUCGAACCAACGAGUACUUUCCGUACCACAUUAAGACUAAUCAGAUUGGGGCAAUGCUCAUGACUGAUAGCAACGAGGCGGACUUCACAAAUCCAUACAUUGGUGAACCUCUGACUAGAUCUCUCACAAACAUCUUUGUGACGACACCGCCACCAAAAGUUGACAUACCACCGCCUUACACCAUCUCUGGCCUACGAGCACCUCGAGUCAACAACUUCAUACAGACUACACUACGAGCUGUGUCUCGAUCACCUCCUAGUUCUUCGCCUUGUGACAGUCUUUUCCAGCAGACACAGGCUGCCUCUGCUGGGCCCAACCUCUCUGUGUUUUGUGUCGAAAGGGAGUUAUCACCAGGACCUCUAAAGAAGGUGAACAACAAUCGACCUCCUUCUGAUCCUCCUAAAACUGCUUCACCUCCCAAGGGUGAGAGGCCACCGGGUAGAAAAGCAUCCUUCCAUCUGACAGCUCGUAAGUCGUCCUCGCAGGUGGUGCCCGGUACCCCGCCAUCGCAGGACCAGUGGAUGGACAAACGACGCAUUACAGACCAAGAACAGUUCGUUGAGAUCCCGCUCAAUGAUCUCACCGUGACCGACUUUUAG